GUUUUCCUAUGGAUCCUCGCAGCCAUUUUGGACUUGAGGUCCCCAGUGAAGCAUACCGCACCUCUUCCCGUCGCGCUGAGCAUGGUAGCCCGCUGAUUCCCGAGCCUCGAUGACGCAGGCCGAGCGGCCCCCCACGUCCAGGAUCUCCGUGCGCAAGAAGAAUGCCCAUCAGCUCUUCAAGACGGACAUGUGCAAGCUGUUCCAGCAGGGCGUGUGCAGGCACGGCGAGAGCUGUGCCUUCGCGCACUCCGCCGAUGAGGUGCGCCACAAGCCAGACCUGACGCGGACCAGCAUGUGCAGGACCGUGCUGCGGGGCGGCAUCUGCAGCGAUGCUCUCUGCAGCUUCGCGCACGACCAGGCGUCGCUGCGCACCACCUGCGGCUUCUUCAAGACCAGGAUGUGCAACUACGCCCGCAGCGGGAAGUGCCGCUCCGGCGCCGCCUGUCGGUUCGCCCACGCGCCCGAGGAGCUGCGCUCGCUCGCGCCCCCAGCGCCCGAGGAGCAGGGGGGCGGCAGCACGGAGCAGGCCCACACGUGGGCCCGCGGGCAGCCGGCCGAGUGGAGCGCGGGCGGCAGCGGCGGCAGCGGCGACUCGGUGAGCUCCGGCAGCUCCGUCGCGGCGACCGUGGAGACCCGGCCGCCGCGGCGGCAGCGCCGGGUGACCGCGGAGGACCCCGGCGGCGGCCACGCGGGGCGCCGCCCGCCGUCCAGCGGGAGCAGCAGCGGCUACGGCGGCGGCGUCUCCUGGGCGUCGCGGGUCGACCCCGACAGCCCGAAAGCUCCGGCCGCCGCGCCGGAUGGUCGGCGGAGGGGCGCUGCAGGCGGUCGCAGCGAGCCGUGCAGCAGCAUCGGGGCGACUUGCCUGAAGGUGAGCCACGUGCCCAGGUACCUGCGCCAGGAGGACCUCCUGUCCAGGCUCGAGGAGAAGUUCCCCGCCCUGCGCGAGAGCCUGGACUUCUUCCACUGCCCCUGGGACGACCGCGCCCGUGGCAACCGGGGCUAUGCCCUCCUGAAUUUUGAGAACGUCGAGCGCGCGAGCGCGUUCCAGCGCUGCUGGGCGAACAAGGAGCUCCGCCCCGGGGCCGGCGAGGGGCGGCUCCGCGUGGAGAGCGCGAGGCCUCAGGCGUUGGCGGGCAGCGCCGGGGCGCUGAACCAGGAGCUCUGCUGCCAGCCCCUGGUGCGGGACGCCGGAGGCGCUCUGAGGCCACGGCACGCGGAGCUCCACGGGCAGGUGGCGCAGGCGGCGGCCGCGGCAGUUGAGGCCGCUGUCCACCGGCAGGCGCUCGAGGCGAGGGCUUGGCCCAGGCUCUACGAGGUCCUCGCGGCGGCGCUGGGCGUUGCGGGCGCGGAUUCAAUGCUUACCAGCCAAUCGGGGCCGAACCCGCCGCGCCUCUGGAGAGUGUCGAGGGCUGCGGUCAGCGGCAGCCCCUGGUGCGAGCUCUCGGACCAUGACCUGCAGGCCAUCGUGCUCGAGCGCGUCGCCGAGAUCGAGGCGAUGAAGACGGAGCAGGGCGAUGCAGAGUACACUAUCAAGAACAACAUGGGCUUGAUGGGGUCUCUGAUGAGCGUCACCCGCAGGGUGGGUCACGUGCCGCUCACCAAGGCUAUCUUGGCCAAGACGGUGCUCGCGAAGGAGCAGGCACAGAAGCACGGGGAAGCGAUUUCGUACGCUGUGAGUUACGUGUGCGCCAAGGAGCGCAACAUGGCAUCCUCGUCGCGCACGGACAUCUACAGCGCGCACGGGCGCGGCUCGCCGCGCAGGCUCGUGACCAAGACGCCCGAGAAGAAGAAGGGGGCGCCGGCCUGCGUGGACAUGGUCGACUCGCCACCAACAGUGGGCGCAUCCACGUUGAAGGGGCACGUGGGCUAUGAUGCCCUCGUGUACGUUAUCGAGGGCGCUUCGGGGAGGCGCGAGCACCCUCUGGUGCGCGGCGACAGAGGCUUCUGCAUGGCGGACCUCGGAGGCGGCGAGAUGGCCCACGUGCACACAGAGAUGCCGAAUCUCCUGCUCGACGAGAAGGAGAAGAUGCUGGCCAAGCGGGCUUCCAGGGAUAAAGCCAAGGCGGCCGCCAAGGCGAGGCCACGCGACGAGGAGUACGAUGUCGAGGAUUUGCAGGGGGAGGGGGUGCCUGCGGCCGAGGCGCCCAAGGAGAAAAUUAACCAGGAUAACAUUAACGCCGAGGGGCUCUGCCGGCUCACCGAGCGGGCGCCCCCGCUGGAUGCCGCCUGCCGCUUCGGCUCGAACUUCUGGCGCACGGCGAUGCUCCAGGACGCCUUGUAUAACAUCUCCACGUAG